CCUCCUGCCCUCUCACUGUCCGCUGCGAUUGCUGCUUCCAUUUGCUUAGCAGCCAGAGCCAUCUGCCCCAGUUGGGUCUCGUUCUGGUUUUCAGUCUGGUUUGCUUGCCCAGAUUCAGUUGUGUUGUCAUCAGCAUGAGUUACUUGCAAGGAUGGUGGCAAAGAUAACUCUUUUUCAAGAAUUUGAGAAUUGAUCGCUUCCCUUGCUGACGAAGAUUCACUUUCGCUAAACGUUUUGGUUAAUUGCAAACUAUUUUCUGUUCCAGAUUCUGCAUCAAGAAUAUGAGCAUCCGGAUUUUCUUGAGAGGUUUCGUGCGGUACUCUUUCCUCACUAGGUUCUUGUCUGACAUUUUCAGCCAAUUCCGAAGGCUCAUUGGUUGUUAUAUGUUCACUGUUUUGCACAUCUUCCCUGUUUUUAACUGCUUCAAUGGGUUCAGCUGAAUCGUUUUCCAGAACUUCCAUGGGCGGCACUGUUGAAAUAUCUGCAUGUGAAUCCAUUUUUUGAUUAUCGACAAUGGAUUCUGCUCAGACUAAAUAAUCGCUAGCUAAAAGGUCAAACGGGGGUCAACUUGAAACAGUAAACCGGAGUAGCUGUGAUGAAAUGAGAUCGCACACGACUUCCACUCUCUAAUUGAUGACUUUUGGUUGAACUCCAAAGUUAAAGUUAGAGUUAAAAGAACAAAACAGUAAUGUAAUUGAUACAACAAUGGAUUUCAAUUUAAUCCUCAAACAAAAAUUGUCGCAAAAAUGAAAUCUUUGUUUUAACUCGUCAUUUUAAAGCAUAAUUUUUUUCAUUAUAAAAUUGCUAUUUUAAGUGUUCAAAUGAAAAACGGAAAUUGGGAAUUUAAAAAAAAAACAAUUUUUUAGGUAGCCGAAAUAUACUUUUUAAAAUUAUGCCACUUCUGCGGCAGAUCUGAACGACAAAUGCUUUAGUAUUAAAUUCACCUGUCCUCUCAAUUUUUAAUAUUAUUACGUAAUUUCUCUUUCUUAUAUAAAUGAAGUAUAUCGUAUUGUAAUGUGUGCAUAUUGGCAAUGAUAGAUUAAGCCAGGUGUAGGCGAAAACCAAAGAAGACUUGAAUGAAUAUAUUAAACUCACCACGUCAAAAAUCACAUAUAUUUAUUUGUAUGAAAAAUCACAGCAUAAAACACGAAAAAAUGAAUGCAAGUUUAAACGAGCCUUGACGAAUUUAAGCAAAUGGCGAGUAAAAACACCUGCACCUUUAAAGUAUUUUUGUUCCAUUUAAAAAAGCAUGUGCUUAAAAUCAACCAAAAAAUAUAAAACAUGGUUCUAAAAAAUAUGCAUGUACCAAUAAUGCAAUAGAAAAAUUUCGCUGGAAAAAAUAGUUAAUACAUAUUUUCAGUUUUUGCAAAAGUUUUAGCUGUUAUUAGUUUGAAUAAAUUGUGAAAAAAAAUUUGGCUGAUCUAUUUAAAACGCGCACUAAUUAGCUUAAUGGAGGCGGGCGAGUUGUUCCAGCACUGUGUGGCCAUCAUCAACUCCUAUCGACCUCUGGACGUGAGUGCGGACAGUCACGCAGAGGAUUACAUCAAAGAGAAGAAACUGACGACAUGCAGUGACCAGGACAGGGCAUUCAUGCUGGAGAUAUUCGGGGGGUACAUCCGACAAAGAAAAGUAGUGGACGUUGUGGUGGAGGCAUUCUUCAACACAGACGGCCUCAGCUACGUAAGUUCCGACAAGAACACUUACACAGUCGCCUGCUAUACUAUUCUGUUCCGAGCUGAAGAAAUGGGAAUACCCAAGUUGACAGACUUCAUUAUUUCUCAAGACUGGGCCAAAAUGUGGACAUUUUGUCGCUUUUUGAUCAACAAACAGAACUUACUGACGUGGACAAAAGAUGAAUGGCGUAAGAUUUAUGAGGACGAUUACGUAAACGAGGUGUUACUUGGUCCCCUGCUUGACAAUUUUGAGUCACUUUUCUCUAUUGUGCAGUGUUUGAGACAACUGCAAGACGAUGACGCUGAGCCGAGAGGUCACGUGGUCAAAAGAGACCCAACAGUACCCGAGCCCUUCACAUUGACAAAACCAAAACCCAGAAAAAUUCCCACUCCUGAAGUUAUUCCAAAAGUAAAACCAGUUAGAAAGAUUCCACCUACAACAUACCAAGAGCCAGAGACGCAGAAAAAACUGGCAGAAAUUCGGGAAAUAAACAAGCAGAAAGCACAAGAAAAUCUGAUGCAAGCUAAUCAGCUACAAUUUGCAUGUGCGGCCACGGGUAAAGUAUCACGCGACGAAACUGAGCGCUCGGAGGAAAUAGUUCAGUCGGCUGACUACGCGAAUAACAGAAGCACGGGAGUCGGCUUCAAAUCGGCUCCUGCACCGACAAGACCGAACGAAGUACCUGUCAAACUGAAUACUGCUACCAUACUACGCGAAGAGAGGCUAUUCAAGGAAAAGGAAAGCGAGGUUAUAAAUAAAUUAGAGCAACUUCAAGCAGGCGCCAAAGACUCCUCUGAGUUUAUGCAAUGGCAGAAAGAUAUGCGACAGAAAGAUUACGAACAAGAACUGGCGGAUAUUGAGCGACGAAGAUUGGAAGGUCUUUUGAGUCACGAGGAGGCUAUUUUAGCCCGGAAAAGAGCAGCCGAAGUGAACCGGGAAAGAGCAAAUGUCGUGAAAGACGAAGCGGCCGCACGAAUGCGACAAUACCUAGCCAUGAAACUGAAGGAGUCAGAAGAAACGAGAAAGUUAGUCGAACAGGUCAUAACGGGUCACAAAAACGCCAAACAGGCAGUGAAGAAAAUUCAGGAUUUCAAGCAGAAAUUGGCUCAGAAAAUGAGUAUGGAAAAUAAAGAAUUGCUCAAAAAAGCAUUCGAGGAGGCGGAGGCUGAAAUGCAACAAAAGCAAGAGAUCAUUCGGCAGAUAAGAGUGCUUGAAUGUCUGCCGCGACCAAAAACUAAGACAUUCGACCCGACUGAAAUAGCAGGUUACGGACUUUUCGGGGAGAUGUCUCUAUCUGAAUUACGAGAAAGAUUAAAUUUGGCUAAAAUAAAUCAGGAUAAGGAAGAGGCAGAGAGGCGUGAUGCAAUUCUGAAGGAAAAGGUGGAAAAAGAAAACCAAAUUGUGGAAGCAAUGGAAACAAUAAAUAGACACCGAGGUGAACAAACUCGAGCAGCGGCCAUUCGAUUGGAAGAAAAACGACGUGAACAAAUGAGUGAAAAGCCUGAAAAAACUAACCCGGAAGUGCUUAGACUUCAGAAACUUCUAGAACAAAAGAAACAGGAGCGAAUCAACCGACAAAUUGCAGAUCAAACGGUGCCAGCUAUUUCUGCAGUCAGACUGAGUGAUCUGAAAAGGGAGAAAAAAGAUGUAGAAGCGGGGAGAUAUGAGAGUAUAGACAAAGGGAAUGAGCAACUGGUGAAGCGACAGGCGAAUGGGCUAGGAGGCAGCGCCAGGGCCAGUCGGAUAGCACUGGGGUCUUAAAACUGAUAUUUUAGAGUUUGAUUGAAAGCAACUUAAUUUUGAAUUCAUCAUAAAAAAAAUUCAAAUCGAAUUCUGAAGUACUUACAACAGAUGAGCGGGAUUUUUAGUAAAAAAUAAUUUAAAUUUUGAGGUGGUAACUUCAAACUAAUUGGGGAGCGAUUAUAUAGGAGUGCGGUCUGUAUUUAGACAACCGCGCAUUUAUACUUGUCAGUAAGCAGACAAAUACUAUAUUAACCAAUCAGAAUCGAGAUGA